AUGGAUUCGUACACCUCGUAUCGUGAUUCGUCGGCCAGGUCUCCCUCGGAGCGCACCUGGGGCCGAGACGACCGGGACGACCGACCCGACAGCUUUUAUCGAGCGAGAUCGCCAGGGCUGACCUUUUCCCCCAAAGCAAACGACCGGAGAGACCGUCGGCGCUCGCGCUCUCCAGCCGCUGUCGACAGGUACGAACCGCGAACUCGCCGAGAUGACCGCGACAGGGAUAGUCGUCGACGAAUGACUUCACCUCCGGCAAACAUCGAUCGCUACGUUCCUGGCCAGGACAGUGCAGCUCCUGGUACGGUGGUCAAUCCCCUGACCGACCCGUCCAAACUCCCAUAUCAAGUUGGAUUCUCCUACUUUGGGGAGUGGUGGAGGCUUAACGAAAAGGUCAAGGAGGACAAGGACCGCGCACAUGGACGCAGACGGGAACCCGAGAGGAACCGCGGCCCCGAGGAUCGCGAGAAGGAAAAGGCCAAAAUCCAAGCAGCCUACGACAAGUACAAGGAAGAAUUGCAGGCCAAGAUGGCUCGUAACUUCGUGUCCGAGCACAAAAAGGAGCAGUGGUUCAGGGAGAGAUACGUCCCCGAAGUGCGAGACGAAGUGAGAGCCAAACUCAACGACAUCCGGCGCGGUGCCUACAGCCAGUGGGAACAGGAUCUGGAAUCCGGUACCUUUGAUCAGUUUUCGCUCGAAGGAAUCCCCAAGAGCGAAAGCAACGGUGCAGGUGGCGUCGUUGAAAAGGAGGAGGGCGAGGCGACGGCGAGCAAUGAGAUUCUAGGCGUCGGCGAUCUCAUCCCCGCCAAUGGGGCAGAUAUUCGCGACGAGAAUCAGUACCAGCCCACCUUGCUUAUAAAAACCAUUGCGCCCCAUGUCAGCCGUCAGAAUCUGGAGGCAUUUUGCAAGGAAAACCUGGGCGAAGAGGAAGGCGGGUUCAAGUGGCUGUCGCUAUCCGAUCCCAACCCUAGCAAACGUUAUCAUCGCAUCGGUUGGGUCAUGCUUCAUCCUUCGUCCGAUGCUCCGAUGCCCGUCGACCGAGUCGACCCCAAAGAUGAUGACGGAGACGAGCUGGUCAAGUCUCCGCAGCCCGUUUCUACCGCGGAAAAGGCCCUCGAUGCGGUCAACGGAAAGACGGUCAAGGACGAAGUUCGGGGAGAUUUUGUCUGCCACGUCGGCGUACAUAACCCACCGACAAACCCAAGGAAGAAGGCCUUGUGGGACUUGUUCUCAGCCCCAGAGCGGGUCGAAAAAGAUUUGAUUCUAGUCCAGCGACUGGUCAACAAGUUCGAGGAGGACUUCGAAACUGACUUCCAGGCGGUCCUGAAGGUUGAGGAAAAGGUGUACGACCUUCGAAACGCCGGUCUGCUCCAGCCUGCAGUCCCAUCCACGGCCUCGAAAAAGCCCAAAAAGGAGCGAGAGGUGGCAAUGGACGAGGCCAUGGAUGACGAGGACGGCAUGGUCGAAGACGACGAGGAAGAGGAAGACGGUAUCGUCGACGACGACGAGUCGGACGAUGAGUACCUGCUCAUUAAGAAGAAGCAACUGGAUCUCUUGAUCGAGUACCUGCGUCGAGUCUUCAACUUUUGCUUCUUCUGUGUCUUUGAGAGCGAUUCCAUCCACGAACUCACGCGCAAGUGCCCCGGCGGCCACCUUCGUCGACCCCGGAGCACGCUCUCCUCUUCAGCAAGGGCCGUUGCGCAAGCCAGCGCGAAUGGCGAACCGUUUCCGGGCAAGAAGCGAAGUGAUGGCGGCGACGAAGGCGAGGCAGAGCAUCCAGAGGCGGAGAAGAAGUUCCGAAACACUUCUAGUAAAACGGAGCAGCAACUUCUUCGAGCCUACAACUGGGUCAAGACGUUUGAGGACAAGUUGGCGCAAAUCCUGGACCCGCACACCGUCAACCUUCGCAAGUUGGGUGGGCGGCACGUGGAGGAUGCCGUCGACGGCGAGCUCAUGGCUUUCGUGAAGCAGGAAGAUGAGCACAAGUGGCGUUGCAAGGUACCCGAGUGCACCAAGCUCUUCAAGGAGCUGCAUUUCUGGAAGAAGCAUGUCGAGAAGCGGCACACCGAGUGGCUGGACAGCUUCAAGCAAGAGUUCGAACUCAUCAAUGCCUAUGUCAUGGAUCCUGCCCACAUUGCACCUUCGCGAACCGACGCCAACUCCAACGGCCACUUCCCGCCAGCCAACGGCCAGUCAGUAACCGGCACUCCCCGGGGGUUCAACAUGCAAAACUUCUCCAUGAAUAGCAUGAUGGGGAUGCCAGGGUUCCCCAUGCCCCCAAGUGGCUUCCCGCCCAUGUUUCCGGGUAUGCCGACACCAGGCUGGAACCCGAUGGGAGAUGACCGCGCCGGCGGAGCCAUUCGUCGAGGGGGGAUGGGCGGCGGUCGCGGACAGCAUCGCGCAGGACCGUAUGACCGCCGCGGGGGCCAUCGCUGGGACGGCGGUGGUGGGCGAAAUCGCAUGGGUGGGUCUCGAUGGGGAGAUGGGGCUGGCGGAGCGGCAGGAGGACCUCGCGAGGCAGUCCAGGGCAGAAGUUUGAAGAGCUAUGAGGAUCUCGACCAAGUCUCUGGCAGCGGCGGCGGUGAGCAGCUCAACUACUGA